AUGAGUUCUCUCAAACAACUACAGCGCAAAUCAGCGAUCAAGAAACAAGUCUACAAACCGAUUCUCGAUAACCCUUACACAGAUGAAGCUCACAAUUGGCCUUAUGUUCAGGAACAAUCAUUGAUCGCAGAAUUGGUGCGGAGUCACGUGACCACUGUUCUACAACAAGCACCAGAUUCUUUAGAUGUACGGUUUGGAUUCAACGAUGUGGUAAAGUUCUUACAAGGAUCACCGUCUAAGGACGAUCUCGUCGCUUCUCCCCCAUCUCGGGUCUUCUUAUUCGUGUGCAACCGUGAUUCUAUACCUUCGGUUUUAUUAGCCCAAAUUCCAAUAUUGGCCCGUGUAUCGCGAUACGAAGUGGUGUUGGUACCACUGCCGCGUGGAUUCAUCUCACAUCUGGAUGAAUGCUGUCCGGCGAAUCAGUAUCACGAUGGGAUGCUAUUAGUGGUUGAAAACUCAAAUUUUGACAUACAGUUCGCUUCCCAAGUGGUUAAGAGGGUGGGUCACGUGACCCCGCAACCAUGGCUCAAAUUCAAUGAAUCACGUAUAGCUGUGAUAGCUUCAGAGGUUUCUUUGAAUUCCAAAUCAGCCAAAUCUUCCAAAUAG